UUAAAUGCGGAAGGAGGAAGGUGGAGCGGCGUCAGGUGAGUGAUUAACAGGUGCGCCAGGUAGACUUUCAUCCCGGAAGGAAAAAGACUAAAACAAACGACGCUACUGACAGACGCAGAGAUGGAGCAGAGGAACAUCCAGCAGGAGUUUGAGGAUCAGUUCAAUGAUGUGGUCUCCAGACUGCAGAGCAAGCAGUUAUUCCAGUCUGACUGGGACAUCGCUUCUUUUGCAGUCUUCUUCAUCUUCAUUGGUAUGGUUCUGCUGCUGGUCAUCCUGGUUCUCAUCCGCUGCUGCUGCUGCUGCUGUUGUAAUGAUGAGAAGCCACGCAGAUGGAAGGUGGGCAUAGACAACAUGGCUAUGGAGCCAUGACAGCUGAAAUUAUGAAGUGUUGUGAAGGUGACUGAUGAAGCAGAGUCUCCGUUUGAAUCCUGUGCCAAAGCAGCAGCUUUGAUUUUACUGUUUUACUGUCUGUUAACAAACGUGCACAUAGAAUGAAAUGUUCACAAGCCAUUCACUCCUGGAAAUCUACCAUGUGAUGUUGUUGACUGUCACUGCUGUGUGUUGUUUAUUGCUAGGAAACCAGAGGAGGUGGAAACUCUCAGCUGUCUCUAUAGUUCUCAACACAAGUCUCCUGUUCCGUUUGUUCAUUUUUUGAUUUGAAGGUUUUAUUCAGUGAUAAAAGUAAUAAAAAUGUACCUGUUUCUCUGUU